AUGAAGUGGACCAUCACUGAGCAGGCUUUUCAAGGCGCCACAAGAAGGUUAGAAGUGACAUUUUAAAGAAGAUUAACGCCUGUAGAGCGGAUCAGGAAGACGAAAACAAAGGCUGCCAAAAACUGUGAAGAAAGAAAUGAGUUUGAACCCACACACAGGAGACUUGUGACAGAGAGGAACUGAGCUGAAUACCAGAUCUGGAAGUUACAGUUGAUAUUGGAGGAGCUUUGCAUAUCAAGCAGAAUCAAAACCCUUCUGACCACAGAGCCUCGCCAGAACCAUGAAGCUUACCGGGACUAUCUUUAAGCUGGAGUACACUCAUUACAGCACAGACCGAGAACAUUUAAACAACAUGAUGCUGAUACCUCUACAAACUGAUACAACAGAUUCACCAGUGUCAGCAGUCGCUUCAUCACUGUCACAGGCUGAUGGAAGUAGGACUCUGUGUUCCAUAUGUGCCGACAGAGCCACAGGUAAACAUUAUGGUGCAUCCAGCUGUGAUGGCUGCAAGGGCUUCUUCAGGAGGAGCAUUCGCAACAACCACAGUUACAGCUGUAGGUUCAACAGGAAAUGCAUUGUGGACAAAGACAAAAGGAACCAGUGUCGUUACUGCAGACUACGAAAGUGUUUCAAGGCUGGAAUGAGAAAGGAAGCCGUUCAGAAUGAGAGAGACUGCGCCAACACUCACAGAGCCAAGGGACAGACAGUGGGCACUCUGUCCAUCAGUGUGCUGCUGCAGGCCGAGGCCAGUGUGCAACAGAUCCCAGCGCUGCUCUCACCUAGGAGUCAUGACAUCAAUGCCAAGAAGACAGCCUGCGUGGGAGACCUGUUUGAGUCCAUGAAGCAGCAACUCCUCCUGCUGGUGGAGUGGGCAAAACACAUACCAGAGUUCUGCAGCCUCCCGAUAGAUGACAGGGUAACCCUGCUACGAACCCACUCUGCAGAACAUCUUAUUCUAGGUGCAGCAAGACGCUCACUGCCUUGCGACAAUCUCAUUCUACUAGGCAAUGACUUUGUGAUCCCCAUGAGUGGUGCAGAGGUCGAGGUGUCCAGAGUGGCUUUCAGAAUCCAAGAGGAGCUGGUCAAACCUCUCAGAGAUCUGGACAUCACAGACCAAGAGUUUGCUUGCCUCAGAACUAUUGUCUUCUUUGCUCCAGACUGUCUGGGGCUGGAGAGUCCUCAGGUGGUUCGACAUCUGCGCUUCCAGGCCCACCUUCUGCUUGAAGAGGCAACCUGUGAGCAGCGGGGAAGGUUCGGGGAGCUGCUGCUGAUCCUGCCUCCCCUGCAGAGCAUUGCCUGGCAGAUGGUGGAGACUCUCCACCUAGCACAGCUGCUGGGUGAAGCCAGGAUGGACAGUCUGCUGCUGGAGAUGCUGCUGGGAGAGGCAACCAAAACAGGAGAUGGACUGUGUUCAGGCAAUGAUCAAACUCAAGAGCAGCAUAAUGACCAAAGAGCCUCAUCUAGUCACCUCACCUCUGUGAUCUCUCAUGUUUCAACAACUCUUACAAAUGCCCUCUCUGCUGCCCACACAGACUGGCACUGAGGUGUACAGACAUGGAGAAGCUGCCAGUGUGCCCACCACAUACCAGAGGCACCUGUCCACACCAAGAAACACCUCUGGAACACCUCAGCUGAACCAAAGAGCAGAGAGCUUGAGCCAGAAAAGACAGACAAACAUACACACAAUCAGCUGUAUAUAUAGAAUGCCUUACACACAAAUACUGACAAAUACAACCCCCCAUCACUUAGAAAAAAAGGGUUGUUUUCUUGGAUGACAAGAAUAAUUCUACAAUCAUUCUUCAUUUAAUAAUGCAUAUUUUUUUAAUCCGGUUUUGCUCAUUUGUCUGUCAAAGGCCACAUUUUGAAUUCUUUGACCAACAACAUUCAACAUGUUGCACAACGCCAAGUAGAGAGAAAUAGAAUUAAAUGUUAAAUCUGGACAGAGUGUAUAAGAAAAGCUACUGGCAUGAAAAAAAAAAUAGGUUAACACUGCACUGAAAUAUCACUUAGAGCUAACGUGUUGCUCUGUGCCCGACUUCUUCUCUGAGGUGAGGUGCAAGUCCUAGUAUUUGUCAGCAGAGGGCACAAAAAGCCUGUUCUGAAACACAUUUGCUGGCCCUGACAGACAAGACUCCACUCAUGUGGUCAAAUAUUGUCAUGUUCAUGAAGGAAAAAAAGCAUUUCAAAUAACAGAUUCAGGUUUGUAAUCUUAUAAUCCCCAAAAAUCAAGAUAUUGUAGGGAGGAUAGAACCUGAAGUGUAAUAUUGGUUCUGGAAACUGUGAUGAACCCGUAAUGUUAUUAUUGAAUGGUCUGAUACGAUGAGGGAUGGAGGGACUGUACAGAAGCUGAGAAUCACUGCAGGGACUCAGUGUAGCUUGAUGAUGAAAGCAUAGGGCAUCAGCCCAAUUAAACCCUUUUUCCUCUUUCUAGCUACUUUCUUUGUUUUCAUAUCUUAAUUGCCGAAUCCCUAUAAAAACAAAGAAAGAAAUCCACCCUUUAUUCUCCCCCGAAGCCAUGGGCAACCAAAUUCACAACAGAGGGUAUAAUCUAAACAAAAUAUUGGUUGUAAAUUCCUCCGUUCUAAAGACUGAGAAUUCAGGCUUUCUUUAAAAACAAUACUAAUGCAUCAUAGAAAUUAGGUUAGCAUAAUAGUGACGUGUUCUUUUUCCAUUUGAGGCAGUGUCAAUAUCGGAUGUUGAAAGAAGUUAUAUAAAACAUUAUAUAAUCGAGCUAAUGCAAUUAGAGGAGAAGAAAAGCCCUUUCUCCACAGACAUUAAACGUCUUCUGAACGUUUACAUUUCCCUGACAGCCUAUAGAGUUUGUACUUGGCUGCACUCUUGUUAGGCACAGACAGCACAUGAGCUCACACACAGCAAUAAGAUUUACUACAGCGAAGAAACGAAAGGAAGAAAGACACAUAACUGCUGCACAUUGUGAGGGACAAUAAGGAGUAGAUUGGUUAAAUUACAGUCAUGGUCAUUUUAAAAGCAAAAAAACCCGAAUAAAAUUCUAAAAAUAUUUUCUGAGAAAGUUUAUCACGUGUACAGAUGCUGAAAUGCUUCUUCUUUUUGUCGGUUUGACCUUCUUUGCAUAUUCUCUGGUUCACUCCUACAAUCCAAAGACAUGGAAUUCAGAGAUUGUAAAAAUAAAAAUAAGAAAAAAAAACGACAGAACUACACUGACCUCAAAACAUUUCCUUAUCAUAGAAAGAAUAAACACACUAAGAGCCGUAAUUGGAUGAAUCACUGACUGGAGAAGACUUUUUCCCUAACCUAAAUGAAUACAUUUUUCCACCCUUUUAUUUAGUUUGUGCACUAACUCAAAAUUCCAAUUAAAAAGCUGCCAUAACUGUGACUAUGCAGUAAGGGAAUGUACCAUGUGCUGUGUCUAAUGGAUAAUUACCUGAAUGUGAUUUUCCUUUAAUGGAUGACAUGUGAUAUUGACUAUUGAAGAAAAGUAACUGCCGAGCUGCAUUCUCAUCUGCUGCCCUAAAUUUAUGUGACGCUCCAACACUAUUUUCACGUGCAACAACUUUUCUUUGUUCUCAAAUUCUUUCUAGAUGAAAAACUAUUUUUAAAUCCUUGGACCACAUCCUCUUGACCUACUGACUGCAAAAUCUGUGGUGACCUGCAUUCACUAUCAGCAGUAGUGGAUGGACUGAGAGAAAACCAUUUUAUCCUGUAGAAGGAAACUUGGAAACAAAAGCACUACUGGAAAAGUGUGCAAAUGGGCAUUCCUUCUGUAAAUGCUCCGUGAAAUCCUAGUUUUUCACACCACAAAAAGCGCAGCAUGGUAUGAGAUGUCAACCCAGACAAGGUUCCUUUGAGAAAUGAUGUAUAAUGUCAGUCGGACCAGAUCAACAAAUACAGGUCAUACCUUCGGUGCCUGAGAGUGACACUGUCUAUUGCUCCAUUACAUCUAUCUCAGGGGUGUCAAACUCAUUUUAGUUCAGGGGCCACAUUCAGCCCAAUGUGAUCUCCAGUGGAAAGGACCAGUAAAAUCAUAGAAUUUCAACCUAUGAAUAACCACAACACCAAAUCUUUCAUUUGUUUCAGUGUAAAAAUGUUCACAUUUAAGAAACUAUCUUUUUAUAAAGCAUCAUGAACAGCCUGAAAUUUCUUGGGAAAAUUUCAUUCAAUUUCAACAACAUUGUUCCUCAGUUUAUCAUUUACACAUUACAACUUACAGAUCAGAGUGUCUAUAAAAGAACAAAACAUUUAGUCUCAGGUAUCUGGAACUGAACAAUGUAGUGUUUUACUUUAUGAUCAAAUCUAUGAAAGUCUGACAAAAAAAGACAAAAUACAACAAAAACAAGACAAAAUACUACAAAAAACUACAAAAAUGAGACAAAAUGACAAAAAAAAACAAGACACAAAAUGACAAAAACGAGAAAAAAAGUGACAAAAAAAUUAGACAACACAAGCAAGACAAAAAAAACACACAACGGCAAAAACGAGACACAAAACAAGAAUAAAGCAAAACACAAGUCAGACAAAAAUUUAAAAAAGCAACAUAAACAUGAGAAAAGUCAGACAACCCCCCCCCCCAAAAAAAAACAACAAAAACAAGACAAAAUAUUACAAAAAUGAGACACAAAAUGACAAACAAACAAUGAGCAAUCUAGUAUUUUACUUUAUUAUCAAAACAACUUGUCAUGGUCUUGAAAUUAUUUUUAAUUUAUAUUUUCACAAAUUUUCAAAUGGCAGUUAAUGACUUCUCUGUAAUUUUUACACUGGAUGGACCCUCUGGGUGGCCGGUUAUGGCCCACGGGCCGCAUGUUUGACGCCCCUGACCUAUCUGGACAGUUGAAUACUUCGUAAUGGAUUGCUGACUAUUGCUCAAGUUCAGUUUUGAAUAAACAUUUCAAAGAUGUCA